AUGCGUGAUUAUUUACAAAUUGUCUGUGCUCUAAUCAAUGCCUAUCGUGCCCCUGCUAUUUCUUCCUUUUCUAAUGAUGAUAGAAUUGCUGCUAAAAUGUUGGCGUAUCUUCAUGAACCAAACUUACUUCGUACCUGUCUUAACGAUGAAGUUCUCUAUUGGUCGAAUAAUGAUGCUUCAAAGCUUGUUGGUUUUCCUAUGCUUACAAUUGAUCAAAUUCGAUAA